GUAAUUGGUGACGUCACCAACAUAGGUGACGAUUUAAACCCUGCGGGAGGCGGAUUCAGUGGUUGUUGCUCGCCCCCUUUUUUCUCUUCUACAUCCCGGUGACUGAAUCUCGUGAUGCCUUCGGCUGCCGUGGAGGAUCUGAGCGCUGUCAUGGACAUCUUCGUGCGCGAGUUCUGCGCCAACUGUGAAGGAGGCGCGGGGAGCGUCUGCAUGAGAAAGCACGCGCUGCAGAAUCUGCUCGUGAAGCACAUGCGGCCCUACCUGGCGGGUGCGUGUGACCCGGAUGAAGUGCGCAAGAUCAUGGCGGAUCUUCACAAGAACCAAGGCGCCAGCGUGGACUUCCAAGCGUUCAUGGCCACGUGGACGAGGAUCUUCGUGGCCGGCCAUGCCCCAUUCCAGGAGCGCGUGUUCCUCACCAGGGGGCCCUUUGGCCCGCCCAUUUCUGCUGAUAAGCCAAAAUAAAUCUCUUUAAAAUAUAUAUAAAAUGAGAUCGCUAAUAAAGUUACUGGCAAACUGGU